UAGGUGGUGAGUCUCCCCGGGGGAGCAGCUCCCCAGCAUGGCAAGUGUGGUCGUGAAGACCAUCUGGCAGUCCAAGGAGUUCCAUCAGGCUGGGGACACCCCUGCCAGGGUCGAGAGGAGGAUCCAGCUGGGCCCCGAGGCUCCCGGGAGCAUGACCGGCCCAGCCAAGGGAGUCAGGAAGAAAAAGAAGGCUGUGUCGUUCCACAGGGAGACCAGUGAAGGCAGAAGAAAGCAGGAAGCGGGGACUGAAGAGGCAGAAGAAAGGCAGCAGGGGCUGAAGAGAGAGAAGAUAGCGGACCUGGGGGAAGGCGAGAAUGAAGAAAGUGGGCUCGUGGAGCCGCGGACGCCACACGAGCCAGUGGACUGGUGUCUCAACCUCAGACGGUCCUCGGGCUGCACCAACGUGUCCCUGCUCAACCUGGCCGCCGCUGUGGAGCCCUGGGACUCCUCCGGCACCAACUGCAUCACGGAAGACAGCGGCCCGCUGGAGCUGCCUGGCCCCCCGGCUGCCCCCGCCCCACCCUGGGCUGCGGAUGACCCGGACAUCAAGGAACUUCUGAGUGGGCUCAACAGUGGACUAGUCCAUGCCAAGGACUCUGUCAUCAGCUUGAAGGAAAAGACCAGCUGGGUAAACCAGCACGUGCAGACCCUGCAGAGCGAAUGUUCCCUGCUGAGCGAGAAUCUAGAGAGAAGGCGGCAGGAGGCGGAGGAGCUGGAGGGGUACUGUAGCCAACUCAAGGAGAACUGCAAGAAGGUGACCCGCUCGGUGGAGGAUGCUGAAAUCAAAACGAACGUCUUGAAGCAGAACUCAGCCCUGUUGGAGGAGAAGCUGCGAUACCUCCAGCAGGAACUGCAGGACGAGACGCCGAGGCAGGAGGUCGAGAUGCAGGAGCUGGAGCAGAAGCUGGAGGCCAGCCUCUCCCACUCCGGCCUCUCAGGAAACCCCGAAGAGGCCGCAAGGUUACGAAGCACGGCCCCAGGCGGCUGUGGAACUGGGCCCGGGGCGGGAGAAACGCCCCACACGAGCGAGCAGGAGCUGCAGAAGGUCUCAGCCAGCCUGGAGGACCUGAGGAGGGAGGUGUCCUCACUGGCCGCACGGUGGCAUCAAGAGGAGGGGGCGGUGCAGGAAGCCCUGAGGCUGCUCGGGGGUCUGGGCGGAAGGCUCGACGGCUUCAUGGGUCAGUGGGAGCGCGCGCAAUGCGACCAGACGCAGACAGCGCGGAGCCUGCAGGAGCUGCGCAGACAGGCGGACCAGCUGUGCACCUUGGUGGAGCGCUCAGCAGUGUCUCUGGCUUCCCUGAGGAGCGAACUGGAGGGGCUGGGUCCGGUCAAACCAAUUCUGGAGGAGCUGGCACGGCAGUUUCGGAACUCUCAAAGGGUACCUGACCACUCCAUGAACCCGGAUCGGUCGUCCCAAGGCUCCUGUGCUCGCUGUGCCAGCCAGGGACAGCAAUUGUCCAUGGAGUCCCUGCAGCAUCUGUUGGAGCGAGCGCUGACCCCACUAGUGGAUGAGGUGAAGCAGAGAAACCUGACGCCUCCUGCCUGUCCCAGCUGCCAGAGGCUACACAAGAAGAUUCUGCCCAGUCCAGCAAGCCCAGCAGUGCCUACGCUCCUCUCCCCAGGAGCUGGAGCGCCAGGCCUUGGCCAAACACAUCCGGGCAGAGGCCCUGAGCUCCACCCUUCGGCUGGCCCAAGACGAGGCCUUACGGGCCAAGAAUCUGCUCCUGACAGACAAGAUGAAGCCGGAGUGAGGAAGGAGGCAGAGGGCAUGGGAGGAGGGGAGAAGGUGGCCACCCUGGACUAUCUCCAUCUGAAGAUGUGCUCCCUCCAUGACCAGCUCAGCAACCUGCCACUUGAGGGCUCCACAGGGACAAUGGGGGAAGGAAGCGGAGGGGCUGCCCCAAAAUGUGGGAGCCCAGCCCCCAAACAAUAAAUAGCCUCUCUUGCUCUCAUGAAACCUGGCUUUUUGCUGGCACCAACAGAAGGGGAAUGAGCGGGACUAGGUGGCGCAGGCUUGUCAUCCCAGCUACUCUGGAGGAGAAUCGAAAGUUCAGAGUUAGCCUGGGUGGUUUAGUGGGACUGUCACAAAAAAAAAAGAGGGGGCUGGGGGUGUCACUGAGGAAUAGAGCACUUACGUAGAAUGUGUAAGGCCCUAGGAUCCACCCCCAGCACUGCAAUAAAUAAAAAAUAAAUAAAUAAAUAAGCCAAGUGUGGUGGUGCACACCUGUAAUCCCAGCACUUGGGAGGCUGAGGCAGGAGGAUCACCUGAGUUUCAGGCCAGCAUGCAGGGUGAGAAACAGACCACGAAGAAGGUGUCUGAGGCCUGCAAACUGAAGAACCAGAGGCUGAGGUCCAACAACAAAGCUCGGGCUGAGAUUGAACAGUGCAGCUCCUGCAGAAGGAGGAAGAGUUCAAGUGCAGGGAAGCUCUGGCUCCUGAUCCCAUGGCAGCUGCAGCAGUGAAGUGGAGAAGGAGACCCAGGAGAAGACGGGCAUCCUCUGAUCUACACCUGGCAGAAUUUGGAAGAAGUCCUAGACAACCUCUUCUCUGCGACAUCCAGCCAGAAAUCCAUGGAAGCUAUCACACUGAUCUACAUCUCCAUCCCUACCCCACCCUCCUUUUUUGAGAGAGACAGAGUCUCGCUAACUGGUUAAACUUGUCCAGGCUGGGCUCAAACUUGUGAUCCUCCUGCCUCAGCCUCAAAGAGUACUGGGAUUAUAGGCCUGUGC